UUUUUCGUAUCAGUAUCCUUUCUUUACAUUUUAGGACACGUAACUGAAUUUGACUCUAACAAAAAUUGGUUUCAUAAUUUUUGCCUCAGUAUUCUCUACAAUUUAGGGCACGUGACUGAACUUAACACUAACAAAAAUUGGCUUAUUUUUUCUAAAAUUUCGUUUAAAUAUUCUAAACUAUAAACUACUAAAAAAAUAAUGGGUACUUUUGUUUUCAUUAUUUUUUCCCUAUUUCUUCGAAAUUAUUGUGUGUUUGCUGUUACAUGGCCAACCCCAAGACAAACAUUUACAUUGGAGGAACCAAAACCUGUGGAUAAAUAUCUUGAUUGUAAUUAUGACCGUUAUGUACCCAAUAUUAAAAAUGGAAAGUGGGGAAGUGGAGAAUUCCAAAAGCCAGUGUUUGAUCUAGCUAGUGGUGCUACAAUAAAAAGAUGUAUUUAUUCUGGUGUUGAUGGAAUUCAUUGUAAUGGGCGUUGUGAAGUAGAAGAUUGUUGGAAUGAGGAUAUUGGAGAAGAUUCCAUCUCUCUUUUUGGGACUGAUUCGAGUGCAAAUUAUUAUAUUAAUGGAGGAGGUGCAAGGAAUGGAAAUGGAAAAGCUAUACAAUUUGAUGGUGCUGGAACGUUACAUGUCGACAAUUUUUAUAUAGGUAAUAAUUAUUUGGGUAUACGUUCUUGUGGUAACUGCUUGCAGCAAUACAGUCGUACUAUGUAUAUAAAUAAGUUAACUGUAGAAAACCUCGCGGCUGGACAAUUUAUUGUUGGAGUGAAUAACAACACAAAAUUUAGUGAUAAAGCUUAUCUCAAAGAUAUUCAUAUUCUUGGAUCAUCAGCAGAUCAAGUUUACCCCUGUAAAGUUUUUGAUGGAAAUAAUAAUGGAGGGAAUCCUAAAGUUUUAACACCGGAAAAAACUAAAGGAGAUGGAAAAUUUUGUAUUUUUGCUGAAACUGACAUUCAUAUUAAUUCAUAA